CAUUUUAUAAUCAAAAUGCAGGAAAUUUGGUAUUAAUUCUGAUUUAUUAGCGGAUUAGCCCUUGGUUAUUUUCAGCCCACUGGUCUUUUCAGGUUUUCAACAGUGUUGAGGUUAUCACUGUGUAAAUCAGUUUCCGAUCCAUUGUUUAAAGUCAUUUUUCGGAAGUUUGUGCUGCUUCGAGGACUUUACCGUUCGUUGGAAAUUUGGUACGUCAAGAGCAUUUGGGAGACAGACUGGCGUCGUAGUGUGGUCUGUCUGGUUCGGACCUGCAGUUUGCUGCACAUAGCCUGCACAGACCUUAUCUCGGCGGUGACUUGUUUGGCACCAUCUGGUCGCGCUUCUUAGUAGGCGCGACUUAAUGGACGCGCCUGGUGCCAGUAAUAACGCAUACGGCACUCUACUCAAUCACAGUCCCAAUGAACCCAAGUACAAAUUUUCUGGUCAGCACUACGUCAAUCAUGGCGAAGAGGACCAGAUGGAAAUUUUUGGGUAUCGGCGAAAUCACGUGAAGACUGUACUGACAUGGCUGUUGGUGAUCGGCACGGCCGGCUUCCUUCAUUUGUUAUUCUUUUGGAAACCGGAAUGGCGAUUAUAUAUGAUGUUUUCGCGUUGCUCGCUGAACAUCGCAACAUGCGUUUUGCUGAAGGAUGAAUAUGGGCAGCAGUUUGUCAGUCGAAUUGAAAUUUUGGAUUACCGAAGUGCUAAGAAAACAAAAUCCAGUGAUGCGGAAGAAGGAUUUGAGUUAAUAGAAAGCGCUCCAUUUGUGGUACCUGGAGGAAAAGGAAAUUUUGUCCCGGCUGCCACAAUUAAAUGCUUUGAAUGUUGUCGUGCUACGUACUGGUGGAAUGAAGUCAUUCAUGGUUUCGAGAAAGCCCAGGGUCUCGGUGAUGAUGUGCCAGUGGAAUAUUUCCUUGAACAACAGGGACUCUCCAAGGACGAGCAGACGAAGAGACGUAGGCUUUUUGGUGAAAAUUCCAUCUCAGUGGAAGUGGAGCCAGUAUUUCGGAUUAUGAUAAAAGAAGCUCUUAAUCCAUUUUAUAUCUUCCAAGCAUUCAGUGUGACCGUAUGGUUUAUUGAUGGAUAUGUUUAUUAUGCCGGCGCUAUUGUGCUGAUAUCGACUGUUUCCAUUGCACUGACUGUGCACGAGACCAGGACGCAACAAAAGGCUUUGCGUGAUCGCGUUCAUGAUGUCGAGGUAGUGCAAAUAAUGAGGAGCGAUGGAAGUGUGGAAACAGUUGAAGGAUCGUGUUUGGUACCCGGUGAUAUAAUUAUCAUUCCGCCUCAUGGAUGUACAAUGGUUUGCGACGCUGCACUCAUUGCGGGAAAUUGCAUCGUUAAUGAAAGCGCCCUUACAGGGGAAAGCGUACCGGUGACUAAAACGCCGCUCAACUCUGAUCAGGAAAAUGAGAUAUUUAAAAUUAGAGCCCAGGCUCGGCAUAUCUUAUUUUCUGGAACUCGGGUACUUCAGACAAGGUUUUAUGGAAAUGAGUUAGUGAAAGCCGUUGUGAUACGUACAGGAUUUAUGACUAGCAAAGGCGAACUAGUGCGCAGUAUUAUGUUUCCGGCCCCCGUGGAUUUCCAGUUUUAUCGUCACACUUACAUGUUUGUUGGGGUUCUCGCCGCGGUGGCUGGAUGCGGUCUCGUAUAUUCAGUUAGUUUAAGGAUUUAUCGUCAAGAAGAAUUGAAACAGAUUAUUAUCCGUUCUCUGGAUUUGAUUACCAUUGCUGUUCCUCCCGCGCUUCCUGCUGCACUUACCGUGGGCAUUGUAUUUGCGCAACGAAGGUUGAAGCAGUCGAAAGUGUUCUGCAUGAGCCCGAAAACGAUCAACAUUUCUGGAACGACAAAUUUGAUAUGCUUUGACAAGACUGGAACUCUAACUGAGGAUGGGUUAGACUUCAAAGGAGUAGUUCCAGCGGAAGACGGAAGGUUUGAUCAGAUGCUUGAAUCAGUUGUGUCGCUGGAUCGCGGACCUUUGAUAUUGUCCAUGACGACCUGCCACUCGUUGACAUUGAUUAAUGGAGAAUUAUCUGGGGACCCUCUGGAUCUUAUAAUGUUUAAAGCUACCGGUUGGACUUUGGAAGAACCGCAUACAGAGGAUACAUCCAAAUUCGAUCUUCUUGUUCCAACAUUAGUUAAACCCAGAAAACGACACGCUGAGGAAGAAGAACCGGAUGAGGUUGGCAUCGUACGCGAAUUUCCCUUUACGUCAAGUUUGCAACGAAUGAGCGUGAUCGUCAAACAACUUCAUGUGCAAACGUUCCAGUAUUUUUGCAAGGGAGCACCCGAAAAAAUUCUGACGUUAUGUCGGCCGGAAACAAUUCCACCUGAUUUUUACUCCAAGUUGGAAUCUUUCACUCGGAAAGGCGAUCGCGUAAUUGCGUUGGCUUGGAAAGAUUUAGGAAAUGUUCGGUUUUUAAAAAUUCACAAGCUGAAAAGAGAGGAACUGGAAAUCGAUUUACACUUUCUGGGCUUCUUAUUGAUGGAAAACCGCUUGAAACCAGAUACGACCCAGGUCAUCGGAGUUCUGAAAAAGGCCGGAUUGAGACCGGUGAUGGUUACGGGUGACAACAUCCAGACAGCGAUCAGUGUGGCUCGGGAGUGUGGCAUAGUCGGACUUACAGAAGAUAUUCAGAUUGUAACUGCUGACCAGCAGAAAAUGAACUGGGCGUGGACGGCCGAUAUGACAGCAGAAGAUCGGAAAAUGCUUUCCAAAGAAUUGGCCAGGGGACAUCCAGAUGACAAGAUUCAUUUAGCUGUAGCGGGAUCAUCAUUCGAAAACAUCCGCAAAUUCCAUCCUGAAGGUUUAAAAAAGCUUUUGCUCGAAGGGGCAAUAUUUGCGAGGAUGUCACCUUUUGAAAAGGAAAUGUUAAUUGAUUGUUUUAAAGACGAAGGAUUUUUUGUCGCUAUGUGCGGAGAUGGGGCUAAUGAUUGUGGUGCGCUGAAGUCGGCACACACAGGAAUCUCAUUAUCUGAAUCAGAGGCAGCCGCAGCGGCGCCAUUCACUUACACGAAGGGAAGCAUUCGAUGUGUUCCAGAAAUUAUCCGCGAAGGCCGCGCUGCUUUGGUCACCUCUUUUGGAAUUUUCAAGUACAUCGCCUGUUACAGUUUGACGCAAUUCGUUUCGUGCCUUCUUUUGUACUGGGUGAAAACCAAUUUAGCGGAUUGGCAGUUUCUGUACAUCGAUAUGUUUGAGCUGACAAUUUUAAGCAUAACGUUUGGCCGAACUGGAGCUUAUAAGCGCAUAGUAAAGGAUCCACCGCCCUCGAGCCUGAUGGCAUUCGUUCCUAUAUUUUCCCUUGUGAUGCAUUUAAUUAUUGUGAUAACGGCACAAGUUGUUGCAUUCCUGUUGGUCCAGCAGAAGGAUUGGUUCAAACCCCGUGACGUGGUGCUGCUGGAGUUGAAUGCUACGGAUCCACAUCACGAAUACCGAUCGUACGAAAACUAUACGGUCUUUACCGUAUCCACUUUCCAGUACAUUUGGUUAGCGUUGGCAUUUGCGAAGGGUCCACCGUAUCGACGGCUGAUUUUGACCAACGCUUUUUUCAUGGCGACAGUUGUGUUCUUCUGCUGUUUUGACACGUUUUUGACACUGUGGCCAACAGAACCUAUUAAGGCCUUAUUUCAGCUGUACCCACCUGAAGAUUUUAAUUUCCGUGGAACUAUAAUCGGUAUUGCUGUCGUAAAUCUGCUUUGCUCGUUGCUGCUUGAGAUAUUUUGUGUGGACUAUGUGAUAUUUAAGAAAGGCGGCAAGCAUGUUAAGUGGAUACGCAGUUCGACAUACCUUGGUGAUAUCGAAGCGGCGAUUCGCAGUAAAAUUGAUACUCAGUGGUGGACACACAUUGAAAUCUCACCGUCCAAGCCUCUUUUGGCCACAGGACCUCCGUCCAGAGAGUCUCAAGCCGGAAUUGUCGGUGGUGACGCGUUGAUUGAGCCGUCACCGUCGUUUACUAGCAACAUGGGUGGCGGUGUGACCAUGGGCGCUGCAGCCGUGCCCUAUCUUGAGGAAUCUCCUGUUUUCCCCCCUGAUCUCGGACAGCAGUUGAAUCUUCUUGAAGCAGGAGUCUAUUUAGAACCAGGAGCCGAAUUUGCGGAUGAAGAGCGCAGUAAUGAAGAUCGCAGCGAAGUGAUACCACUUUUGGAUCCCCCUCCAUUGUCUCUCUCCAGAGGGCACAGCCGGGAACCGGAUUUAAUGGACGGGAAUCAUUAUGUUUCAGGGGACAGUUUUUUGAGAAUAGCUGAAUCUGAAGGGUUACUACCGGCCGAUCAGCUCGACGGGGAAGAAAGUAGGCCGGUAGGACCAAGCGCUGGGUUUGUGCAUCCGAGAAGUACUAGCGACGAAGGAGCUGGAUUGUACCAACCGGAUGUGAAGUACACUUAACUGACCAAUACAGACUUUUGUGUAUUAAUUUUCCAUUUUUGUGUUUUUUUAUGGGGUUUGUUGAAUGUUCAGUUGUUAUUUCAUUUGUUACUGUACCAUGUUUUGAAUGGAUCGCUGGUCGAAUGGGUCUGGUUUCUGGGCUUGGUGUGCAGCCCGCGAUAGUUGCGCUGGACAAUUCGGCCGCUAACAACUAACAAUCUGUCGUCUCACUGUGUCUCGGUUUUUUACGAAUAAAAGAUGACUUACGAA